AUGAAAUCAUCCUAUCGAAACAUCCUAAUGCAUGAUGACCAAGGGCCACCCCUAGGUGGUAUUGAAUCUAAGGAAGAAGGUGAAAUACUAGUUGACUCUUAUUCGGAUGAUGACAUGUCUGAAAUAGCAAAUGAAGGUCCGUAUAUAGGCUUGACCAAGGAGGAGAAAAGAAGAAUUAGACAACCUUGGAGAAAUACUCUUAUUGUCAAGCUGCUUGGUAGAGACAUCAGCUACACAUACGUGAGUAAUAGGGUUAAACAACUCUGGUCUCUGGUGGGAGAAUUCGAAGCCGUAGAUCUAGACGAUGGCUUUUAUUGCUUCCGGCUCAAUAGUAAGUCGAACUACGAUUAUGUUUUAUCUGAAGGACCAAGGAUUAUAGCAGGCCAUUACUUGACAAUCAGGAAGUGGGCACCGACGUUUAGAUUAGAUGAGGUGUCAAUAGAAUCAAUAGUUUCUUGGAUUCAAUUACCUAGGAUGCCCCUUGAAUUCUAUGAUAAAUUUGUCUUGGCGAGGAUCGGCAAUAAAUUGGGCAAAGUCCUAAAAAAUGAUCGUAACACGACGCAAGCUAAAAGGGGUAGAUUCGCACAACUAUGUGUGGAGAUAGAUUUAGAUCAACCCUUAGUUCCUAGAGUACACUUUGGUGGAAGGUGGCCACGGGCGGAGAAUGAGGGGCUAAGACUCGUGUUUCCACUGUGGAAGGAUAAUCAAGACAAGGAAGAGUUUGUUCCUGAGUCUCUGGAAACCCAGGCUCCAGUGCAAGCAGUGGGUCAUAGAGGCAAACAAGUAAGUGGGAAUGAUAAUGACUCUCUAAAGAAAAUUUUGCAGGCCUCUGCUAGUAUAACUAACAAGAACCGACCGUAA